AUGAAACUGGUGCAAAGGUUUUGGACGACCGUUACGGGUCUUUUGAACAUUAUUACGUUCUCUCCAUUUCAUCCUGACUCGGCUCGCAAUCAACAAAUUCCCUUCCUCGAUCACGAUGUGCUUAGCGUUCGCGGUCCAAGUUUCAAGGCUCCAGGUCGUCUGAGAGGAACCAACGAGACAUUCACUUGUGAAUACCCAAAGAUGAAAGGAUGGGUGCCAUGUUCUACUCCCCAAGAUCGAACAUGCUGGCUUCACAAUCCCACCACGGGUGCAAACUUCAGUAUAUACUCAGAUUACGAGUCAAUCGACGAGACCCCUCUCGGCAUAACAAGAUACUACAAUAUGACCGUUGGUGGCCCCACAUCAAUCAAUGUCGACGGUGAAGACUUCGACUACGCACAACUCUUUGACGGGAAGUUCCCCGGGCCCUGGAUUCAAGCCUGCUGGGGAGACCGAAUCGUUGUGAACGUAUCCGUUUCGGAAGACUUCCCAGAGGGCACGAGCAUCCAUUGGCAUGGUUUGAGACAAUUGAACACAACUCAUAUGGGUCAUGGAGUGCCUGGUAUAUCGCAGUGCCCAAUAGCCCCUGGCAGCUAUUUUGUCUAUAACUUUACAGCCAUGCAAUAUGGAUCUUCUUGGUACCAUUCGCACUAUUCUCUACAAUACGCGAAUGGACUAUUGGGGCCAUUGACCAUACAUGGCCCGUCCAUAGCUCCUUACGACGAAGCACCGGCAAAGCCGCUUUUCAUUAGCGACUGGAACCACAACGAUGCAAAUGCUCGAAAAGGUGACUUAAAUGCGACUGUCCUGCUUGGCGGUAUUGGCAACCUCACGAGAAACUACCCGACUGCCAUUCCAACGGAAUUCCAUGACCCGUUUAACUUGACUUUCAUCGGUGGCAAGAAAUACCUGCUCAGAGUCAUUAAUACGGCUUAUAACUCAGCGUUCCUGUUUACCAUCGAUAACCAUCUCCUCAACGUUGUCAGUGCUGACUUCGUACCAAUCAACAACUACACAACAGACUCAACCGUGGUCCAGAUCGGACAAAGGUACAAUGUUAUUGUUGAAGCUAACCCACAAAAUCUAACGGAAAGUUCCGUGUCCAACUUCUGGAUCAGAACUUACAUUAUGCAAGAUUGUAGAGGAAAUCCAGACAUUAUCGAUAGAGAAAAUUACAUGAAGACAGGAAUCAUUCGAUAUGAUGAGUCAAAUAUGGCGGACCCGAAUACCGAGCCUUGGGCGGACAUAGAUUUCAACACAUGCAGAGAUGAGACUGGUCCGACCGGCGAAGGUCUAUCCCCAGUCCUGCAAUGGUUCCCAGAUGCUCCAAGCAAUCCAACUGAACCUACGCGUAUCGUUCAAUUCAUGCACACUCCUCCCAGCAUCGCUCCAUAUCCACAUGCCAUUUUCGCGCUUGAAACAUCUGAGGAGAAAGAAUUUUUACCGCUGCGCGUCGACUGGCAGAACAUUACGUUUCUCAACCUGGACAAUGACGGAGGCUGGCCAACGUCCUGGAUCGUUCUUCCUGAGGAUUAUACCUCGAGUAGCUGGGUUUACUUAACACUAUCUAACCCAGGUGAACCACAUCCGAUUCAUCUACACGGACACGACUUCGCCGUCUUAUAUCAAGGAACGAAUUACUCAGGUCCCAGUCAGUUGAACUUGAAUAAUCCCCCACGACGCGAUGUGGUCAACCUGCCCGCUGUCGACACCGCAACUGGAAAACCUGGAACCGUCAUCAUCGCAUUUAAGUCGGAUAACCCUGGCCCUUGGCUGAUGCACUGCCACAUUGCAGACCAUGCCUCUGGAGGUCUUGCUCUGCAGAUCAUGGAAGACAGAGAGGCUGCAAACGAGAUUUGGAAGCCGGGAGACUCUCCCGCGUUAAAUGCUGCAGGCUGCCUCUGCGACGCAUGGAAGACAUGGUGCGCAAAGUUCGGCGCUGCAGGAUGUAAUACAACUACCUUCCAGACCGAUUCUGGAGUCUAG